AUUAGAUAAUGGGAUGAUCAUACAACUUUGUGAAUACACUAAAAGCCACUGAAGUAUAAAACAAAAUUGGGAUAAGGAUAUCUAUUCUGACUUCACAAAAUCAUCUUAUAUAAAUAAAUAUGUUUUGCAAAUUCUAAAAAAAAAAAAAGGAAAACCCUUUUCACAGAAGCCAGGUAAAUCCAGUUCCUGUAAUUUACUUUGGAAAACCUCUCUCUCCAAAACGUGUAAGUUAAUGGGAGUAGAAUAUCUUUGUCCAAUGCCAUUAACCAAGGGUGAUCCUGACUCUGUGGGGAGGACAACUUGCUAAUCUGUAACCAUAAAUCAACCAGGAAUUACAUAUUUUUUAUGAUCUGCUCCUUACCUAAGUAUGGUAUGCCAGGUCAUUCAGUGGCACUCUAUUAACAAUCCAACUAUGCACAAUUAUUCUUACAAACAGGUAAACUUUAAGGGAAGGAAACUGACCCCAUGAAAGAGUUGUACAUGGUUGGAUCCUUAACACAUAAAAGAAGUGUUCAAUCAAAAACAUGCCUGUGCAGGAUGUCAAAUCCUAGAACCAUUUAGAUAUCACUUGACUACAAAGAAGUAAUUAAAUGGUCCAAUAAGUACAUUUAAGAUUAUUAUGAUACAGCAAUUUUGAGGGUAUGGUCAAAGUGUCACAAGCCAGGAAGUAAACACAUUAUCAGUCGGACUGUUACAUGAUAUUGGCCUUUACCUUUUGUUUAUCAUUGUAACUUGGCACAUGUUUGUGAAGCAUGUUCUAUCAUGACUCUCUCCCAGGGAAGCAGGGGUAAGUCCUUGAAUUAGAGUCUCUAUCAGAAAUAAAGGGGAAUUGAGUGCUGCCAACGCCCCAGUGGAGAAGCUGAGGUCAUCACCGAAUUUGAAAUAUUUAAAAUGGAUACAAAACUGUUUCAGCAAUGCAGACAAUUAAGUGUGUUGUUGUGGGUGAUGGUGCCGUUGGUAAAACGUGUCUUCUGAUAUCCUACACAACAAACAAAUUUCCAUCUGAGUAUGUACCCACUGUUUUUGACAACUAUGCAGUCACAGUUAUGAUUGGUGGAGAGCCAUAUACUCUUGGACUUUUUGAUACUGCUGGGCAAGAGGAUUAUGACAGAUUACGACCGCUGAGUUAUCCACAAACAGAUGUAUUUCUAGUCUGUUUUUCAGUGGUCUCUCCAUCCUCAUUUGAAAAUGUGAAGGAAAAGUGGGUGCCUGAAAUAACUCACCAUUGUCCAAAGACUCCUUUCUUGCUUGUUGGGACCCAAACUGAUCUCCGAGAUGACCCCUCUACGAUUGAGAAACUUGCCAAGAACAAACCGAAGCCUAUCACUCCAGAGACUGCUGAAAAGCUGGCCUGUGACCUGAAGGCGGUCAAGUAUGUGGAGUGUUCUGCACUCAUACAGAAAGGCCUAAAGAAUGUAUUUGACGAAGCAAUACUGGCUGCCCUGGAGCCUCCCGAACCGAAGAAGAGCCGCAGGUGUGUGCUGCUAUGAACAUCUCUCCAGAGCCCUUUCCGCACAGCUGGUGUCAGCAUCGUCCUAAAAGCAAUGUUAAAUCAAACUAAAGAUUAAAGAUUAAAAUUCGUUUUUGCAAUAAUGACAAAUGCCCUGCACCUACCCACAUGCACUCGUGUGAGACAAGGCCCGUA